UCAACCAUCCGAAGUUUGGUGAGGACACCGAUAUGGAAAACCUGAAAACCCGUAGGAUUUGCAGUCGUCAUUUCAAGCAGGAAGACUAUGAACCGAAUGUCCUUCGAAUGAAGAGAACCACUCUGAAGGACACUGCAAUACCAUCAAUAUUCACCUUCCCCGAUGACGAACAGCCUGGGCCAUCUGGUACUAAACGCAUUCGUCUAGAGACUACAAUCUCGUCUGAUGCGUUAGUGUCGUCGAAAAAUGAAGAACCAUUGCUACUGACCUCAACACCGCUCAAAAUUCCUGCUUCUGUCCAAGAACAAUUUUCACCAUGCCCAAGUACACCUGGGGGCCUCAAUACAACCAUCAGCUCCAUUGAAGCUGAAAUUGAAAAUGAUGAAACCUAUCAGCACGAGUCAACAUUCACCGUCACAUCAACAUCAUCAUCUGAUGAUGAUGAAGGUGUAAAAGACGGGCAUGAAAAUAAGAUAAUUGUCAACGAGUCCAGCCUCAUGUCACUCUUCAAAUUUUGCCAGACAUGUGGGAAACCAAUUUCUUCAAAGACUAUUGUUGACGUUGGUGCACAGAGGAAGAUGGAUUGGACAUGUCUUGGGGGCCAUGUUGGGUCCUGGAAAUCUUCACGUGACGUUAGGGGAAUGCCAGAGGUGAACCUCCUUGCAGCAGCAGCUGUUUUGUUCAGAGGGGGCACAUACACAGAACUCUCGGACUGGUGCAAGACCAUGGGUGUCCAAAUGAUAGGACAUAGUACAUUUUACAAUAUCCAGAAGGUAUACUUGCACCCUGCUAUCGAGGAAGUGUAUAUUGAAAAAAGAACAGAACUCUUAGCAAGAGUGUUUUUAGAACAGGAGGAUGGAAAGAGGCUACACCUGACGGGUGAUGGCCGAUGUGACACGCCAGGUUUCAGUGCAAAAUACUGUCACUACACAUUUAUGUUGGAUGACACAAAGGAGAUACUCCACACAGAACUGGUGCAGGUUACUGAGGCCACCAGCUCUGUUACCAUGGAACCAUUAGCUUUCAAAAGGGGCAUGACUGAGUUGAUGGACCAGGGCCUUGACGUGGAGGUGAUGGCCACAGAUCGCUCCACAUCGAUUCAAAAAAUAAUGAGGGAACAAUUUCCUAAUGUCCAACAUCAGUUUGACAUCUGGCACACAGCAAAAGGUUUCCGGAAGAAGAUGCAGAAUAAGGGGAAGAAAAAGUCAAACGAAAUCCUCCAUGCAUGGACCAGGUCAGUCGUAAACCAUAUGUGGUUUGCCUGUGCAACAAGUAAAGGUGACAUCGAGGCAUUGAAAUGCAGGUGGAAGUCCAUUACACACCAUGUGUGUAAUGAGCAUGAGUGGACAGAUGACAACAAAGAACAGCAUCGACCUGUCAUCGUUGGUGCUUGA